CAGUGUCGGGUUCCGCGGCGGACGGAGCUCCGGCGGAUGGGAGCUGCUGUUGCACAAUAGAAACAGGUCCUCGGCCAGCAUCACUCAGAGGGCAGCUGCCGCAGGAGGAGGUAGAUCCCGUUCUGGUGCAGUGUAAAACGACCCCAAAAUGCUGUCCAGGCUACGAGCAGCUGCCACCCCCUGUGCCAUGGCGUGUCGUAGUGCCCACACAAAAGAGAAAGGCAAGCCACUGAUGUUAAACCCACGGACAAACAAGGGCAUGGCUUUUACACUGCAUGAACGACAGCUGCUUGGGUUGCAAGGACUUCUACCUCCCAAAAUAGAGACACAAGACAUCCAAGCCUUACGCUUCCACAAGAACUUGGCCAAAAUGACUGACCCCUUGGAAAAGUAUAUCUACAUCAUGGGAAUCCAGGAGAGGAACGAGAAGCUCUUCUACAGGGUACUGCAGGAUGACAUCGAGCGGUUAAUGCCAAUUGUCUACACCCCAACAGUAGGCCUUGCCUGCUCCCAGUAUGGACACAUCUUCAGGAGACCAAAAGGAUUGUUCAUUUCUAUCUCAGACAGAGGCCACAUAAGGUCAAUUGUGAACAACUGGCCAGAGAAUGAUGUUAAGGCUGUUGUUGUCACAGAUGGAGAAAGAAUAUUGGGUCUUGGAGACCUUGGUGUGUAUGGGAUGGGGAUUCCAGUAGGAAAACUGUGCCUGUACACAGCCUGUGCAGGAAUACAUCCGGAUAAGUGCUUGCCUGUGUGCAUCGAUGUGGGAACUGACAAUACUACUCUCCUGAAAGAUCCCUUUUACAUGGGGCUGUACCAAAAAAGGGAUCGCUCACAGGUCUACGAUGACCUCAUUGAUGAGUUCAUGGAAGCCAUUACAGACAGGUAUGGCCAGAACACACUGAUCCAGUUUGAAGACUUUGGAAACCACAAUGCCUUUAGGUUUCUGAGAAAGUACAGAGAGAAAUACUGCACCUUCAAUGAUGAUAUCCAAGGGACAGCUUCGGUAGCCCUGGCAGGCCUGCUGGCAGCACAGAGAGCCACGGGCAAACCCCUUGCAGAGCAGAAAGUGCUGUUCCUUGGAGCAGGAGAGGCUGCCCUAGGGAUUGCAAACCUCAUCGUGAUGGCGAUGAUGGAAAGCGGCGUUUCUGCCGAGGAAGCCUACAGGAGGAUAUGGAUGUUUGACAAGUAUGGUUUGCUGGUCCAGGAUCGAGAGCAAAGGGUGGAUUCCAAUCAAGAGCCAUUUACACAUCAGGCUCCGGAGCAGAUACCAAAGACGUUUGUAGAGGCAGUGAACGUGCUUCGACCUACAGCUAUCAUUGGAGUGGCAGGAGCUGGGCGACUCUUCUCUCAGGACGUCAUCAAAGCCAUGGCUGCUAUCAACGAGCGACCCAUCAUAUUUGCACUAAGCAACCCCACAGCGAAAGCUGAGUGCACAGCAGAGGAGGCAUACACAUUAACAGAGGGCCGUUGCUUGUUUGCCAGUGGCAGUCCCUUCGACCUGGUGACUCUGAAAGAUGGAAGAACCUUCAAACCAGGCCAAGGGAACAAUGCUUACAUAUUUCCAGGUGUGGCUCUGGCCGUGAUCCUCAGCAGUGUUCGACACAUUAGUGAUAAGGUUUUCCUGGAGGCUGCUAAGGCAUUGACAGAGCAGCUGACUGAUGAUGAGCUCGCACAAGGAAGACUUUAUCCCCCACUGUCCAAUAUCAGGGAAGUUUCUAUUUAUAUUGCUGUCAAGGUGAUGGAGUUCCUGUACGCCAACAACAUGGCUUUCCACUACCCCGAGCCUGCAGACAAGAACCGCUACAUCCGCUCGAAGGUGUGGACCUACGAGUACGAGUCCUUCAUGCCAGACGUGUACGACUGGCCCGAGUCUAAGGUGCACUGAUGCCUCAGAAGAAUCACACUCCUCAGGCAGUUAUCUUCUUACUCUGCAGGGAUCCCCUUUUUCAGACCAAUUCGAAUCAUCAUCUUUUGAGUCCUAUAAUUUAUUUCCACUCAUUUUCGUUGUCUUUCAUUUCCCCUUCCCGUGCCCUGCUUUUCACUUGACGUAGAUUUCUCCUCCCUCUCCCUCCCCCUUAAAAGUACCUGGUGAAGCCUAUGGAUGAUGGCAUCCAGAUCACAGCAAUGAGAGCCCUUCCAAAAUUCCUUUAAAGGAAGACAUCACACUCAUAGCUUAGGGCCCACACCACGCUUAAAAAGAACUCCUUUGAUGAUGUUUUAGCUACCUGUGUUUGAUGAUCAACUGCAGCCCUCUCGCGGCUGCCGACCUCCAGGUUGCUUCCUGCUUCCCAUAACAGUCUUCUAAUCCUCCUCCUUAUCUGUGACAUCAACAGAGAGCGUUUGCCAUAGGGGAAAAAUGGACUGCUUAAGGCAAAUUUAACAAACUAAUGGACUGCCUUCUUCUGCCUGCUGUUCCAAGGUGCCCACCUCCAGGCUUCCCGGUGGCGCUUUGUUUGUCUUGUUGCACCUUCGUCGCCGCGUGGGGGAUGUUGUGAACUAGCUAAAGUUAUCCUUGGAAAGCCUGGAAGUAGUAUUAAUCACUGAACAGCUUUAAAAAACAAAACAAAACACAAAAACAAAGCUCUGCUGUUGCUGCUGCUGCAUUAUGAAUUCUAUCACCUAAAGGCAGGAUCUGAAGUGACUGAGAGAAAUCUGCUCUAAGGAGAUUUAGUUUUUAACCUGCAGGAGGCUCCGCUCCCAAAAUGAUGUACCAAAGGAUCUCUUGAUUUUUCAAGGUUCUUUUCUUCUAGGGUGAGUUUUCUUCCUUGCAUACCCCUGUUCUCAUAGAAGGAUCUGUGUGUGCUGCUUUCCUGACAUCCCUGGCUCAGACCCCCACAGGCAGGUGACGAAGGCAGAAGUGUUGCAGGCAGCUGUUAACAUUCGCAGCGGUUUGAAUGUUCGUUGUGGUCUCAGUCCGGUCAGUUCAGUUCAGUUUGAGCACAGGACUGGAAAGACCUAAUGCUUAGGAGCUGUGAGUUGAUCAUUUCACCUUCCUGCAUCCAUUUACAGGUUUAAUUUCUGGGGUUUUGUGCGAGAACAAAAGCAGGAGGUGAAAUGUUCCUUGCAGCAAACAGCCCUUGCGCGUCUGAUACCGAGUCCCACGGCGUACCACAUUCCUUUUGUGUCUUUUGUUCAUGCCUGCUUUUGAGUGCCCUUCCUGAUCUCCUUCUAGCAAGAAGGACACACAGAGGUAGUUACAGCCUGUGACUUCUCUAUAUCUGGUCUGUGUAAUGAGAACAAUGGUACGUCAGGGACAGAAAUAAAGAUAAUCUGCUGCUCCAAGGCAAAAAAAGGGACAUAAACCCAAGGAAAGGGAUAGAAGUGAGAGGGCAACACUAGGAAACUGGAAGCCAGAAUCCAAACAGUGAAGCAUGCUCAGGAUUUACCCUGUGGCAGGCACCUCUCUCAUGUCCUGAUUUGUGUUGUGUAAUGCAGAGCAGGCCUGAAGCAGAGCAAGGAGGAGAAUCUAACCCUUCAGACAUGGUCUGUGUCGCUUACUGCCUGGCUGUAAACUCCCCUCCAGGCAUCAGCUAGGCAGAGCAGCGAACCUGGGGGAAGCUUUACUAAGCAAGGGAAGAAGACUAAUGACAUAAGUGCAGAAAAUAGUGAUGUGGUGGUGGUGGUUGGGUGGUGGAGGGGGGAAGGAAAGGCUACACGUUCAACCUGUGGCAACGUGCCCCCUGGCCUUUGCCAGGGUGGGCAACGUACAUGGCUUGCAACUUGUGUCUGUAAGUGUGAUGUACAAGGGGAGAAAGAAAAAAGCCACAACAGACCAACACAAAAACCAGGAUGUUUUUUACAAAUGCCUUUUGUGUUGCUUUGUUUGUAAAACUCCCUUUUUUCUGCUUUACUAAGCCUCAUUUUUUUCUUGUAUUUAAACAAGGAAAUUAUUUAUUUAA